CUCUGAGUAUCUCACAGAAAGCAGAGCUGGUGAUGCUGAGGACUGGGGUUGACCAGCAGCUCCACUGAUGGUCCACUGGACUGGAUGUUAUAGCAGGCACGAACAGUUCAGACUGUUCAUGAUUUGGCUUCCAGAAAAAGGAAAGAUGAACCCUCUUGUUUCCUAGAAGUAGUUUGCGAGUCGACUGACAGCAGCAGUCAGGAAUGGGCAAACAGUUGCCACCCCAGGGUGGUGUACUAAGAAGUUUGGAUUCAUAAGUCUAGGGCUUCUGCUAAUUAGUAAUAUGUUAUUUCGUCUAUGCAUUGGCUAAUCUAAAUGAUUUAUUUCUAUUAUAAAAAAGCCAGUGGACAAUAUAAAGUUAAAAGAUUUCCAAUGAAUAUUUUAACUUAAAUUUCAGCAGUUGAUUAAAACAAGUGGGAUCUUCCAAGAGCACCACCUGAUAAUCAGAGAAAGCAUAUCUUGCUUAGCAGAGAGAUUUUCAAAGUGAAACGUUCAAUACUUUGCAAAGAUAUGAUGCUGUGGACGUCAGACACAUUUCCAGAUCUGGCUUUUGUAUCCUGAGUCAUGCCAUACAUGAGAGGGUCAAAGCCUGGUAAGAAUGUUCAGCUGCAGGAGAACGAGAUUCGCGGCCUGUGUCUGAAAUCUCGUGAGAUCUUUCUCAGCCAGCCCAUCCUGCUGGAGCUGGAGGCCCCUCUGAAGAUCUGCGGCGACAUCCAUGGGCAGUACUAUGAUCUGCUAAGGCUCUUUGAGUAUGGGGGCUACCCACCUGAGAGUAACUACCUGUUCCUGGGGGACUACGUGGACCGAGGGAAGCAGUCUCUGGAGACCAUCUGCCUCCUGCUGGCCUACAAGAUCAAAUAUCCAGAGAACUUCUUCCUCCUCAGGGGCAACCAUGAAUGCGCCUCCAUCAACCGCAUCUAUGGAUUCUAUGAUGAAUGCCGAAGGCGAUACAACAUUAAGCUCUGGAAGACAUUCACCGACUGCUUCAACUGCCUGCCCAUCGCUGCCAUCGUGGACGAGAAGAUCUUCUGUUGCCAUGGAGGCUUGUCUCCAGACUUGCAGUCCAUGGAGCAGAUUCGACGGAUCAUGAGGCCCACAGACGUGCCCGAUCAGGGCCUUCUGUGUGAUCUGCUGUGGUCUGACCCAGAUAAGGAUGUGCUAGGCUGGGGCGAGAAUGACCGGGGCGUUUCCUUCACCUUUGGAGCUGAAGUUGUGGCCAAGUUCCUCCACAAACAUGAUCUGGACCUCAUCUGCAGGGCCCACCAGGUGGUGGAGGACGGCUAUGAGUUCUUUGCCAAGAGGCAGCUGGUCACGCUUUUUUCUGCGCCGAACUACUGUGGCGAGUUUGACAAUGCGGGGGCCAUGAUGAGCGUAGACGAGACACUUAUGUGCUCUUUUCAGAUUUUAAAACCAGCGGAGAAGAAGAAGCCCAACUCAAGCCGUCCAGUGACUCCACCGCGGAACAUGGUCACCAAGCAGGCGAAGAAAUGAGGAGCACUAGCAGUCCAGUGGCCAUUGUGGACUUUUAUCAUGUGGUUUUCAUCCGUCACAGCUUCAGAGUUGCUGUUCUCUGACAUAGUGGUCACGUGGACUCACCUCAACACUGUCGACCGUUUUGUUUAGUUUUUUUGUGUUCAAGUUCCUUUUUUAGUUGUCCUACUUUUUUCGCCCCGUUUUUGUGCUCCCUCCCCGUUUUCACAGCCACCAAGGAAGACGGCUGCCCUGAGAGGAAGCGGGAACAGGGAGCACUCUGCUCUUUUCCAUUAUCUUUGUUGUUUUCUCGGCUUUUGAGACUAAAAUGGCUUUUUGUGACCUUGAAUUCUUCAGGAUGCACAUUUGAGUCUCCCACUUCAUUAGUCGGCAGCAGCAUCACCUCCUCUUUCGCACCAGUUAAUACAGGGAAGACCUUUACCUUACAUCUGUGGAAGCACUCCACCACACUUAAGUUAUGGUGCAAUGUUAUGGUGCGAUUAUUAUUAUUAUUAUUAUUAUUAUUAUUGUUGUUAUUAUUUUGCUCCCCAGAUAGUCAUUUAAACCACUGUGAACAAAUAAGAUGUAAAAUGUAAUUACUUUAAUAUGGAGCAAACGGCAUCUCUCCAGCAGUGAGAUUGAUUUUCACUCUAGCUUUGUUCAGCAUUUUAUUCAGUGAAUGUGCCAUGAGAUUUGCUGUCCCAUCAGAUUACAUUUUUAAAAAAUGUUUUAGGAUUAUAUUACGAUUUUAUUUUCUUUUAAUGUUUUUCUUUUUUCUUUUUUUUUAUUCUUCUUGCAGGAAAAAAAAAAACACACCAUGAAAGCACCCUCCAUGAAAUAUAUUGAUCUGUAGCACUGUAUGAAAGGUUAUGUGCAGAUUCAACUGGAUAUUUUGUGUGUGUGUGUGUGUGUGUGUGUGUGUGUGUGUGUGUGUGUGUGUGUGUGUGUGUGUGUGUGUGUGUGUGUGUGUGUGUGUGUGAGUGUGUGUGAAUGUAUGUGAGCAUUUUAUGAAACAGAUUAUAUCAAGAUGAAACAAACAGCAGAUUUCAGUGCUAUCUCUGUUGAUCUGAGUAUCGUUUUACUUCUUUUUUUAAUAAGAUGCCUUGUUUACUGUUUUCUUUCUCUUCUUGACAUGAGAUUUACUCGUUUCGGCUCCAGAAGCUUCUGCAUCAGAUAUGAGCAUGUGAAGAUCUCGGUUUCUCAUAAAGACUUUUUGUUGCAUGCAUUUAGGUGUAGACGUGUAGGAUACAGACAGGCCUUCACUUUUUCUCAGGGCAUGCAGGUUCUUGGCAUGUCAGAUAAUGUAGCUUAACAUCAGGUAUAUUGAUAACUUUUGACUUCAGCUUUUUCGCUUUGUUUGGAAGAUAGUUCAUCUUACGUGUCACCCAAACCCACUGUAUAUAUCCAGAAAGUUUUGUUCAGUCUUGGCAAUAACUCACAAUUUUUCCACAUUAUAAAGAAUUGUAAUACUUGCUAAAUAAAUUCAAGGGGAAGGGGGGGCAACACAGUC